AGAUGGAAGACAUGGUAGCGAGAACGAGAACGAAAAAGAUGAUGGUAAUGAUCCGAGAAAUGAACUUGUUGCGAAAUUAAGGAAAUUCUUUGCGAUUUCUUUGUUUGCAUAUGGAGUGCUUUACUUGAUUAGUCCUAAAUCGGACGGUCCUGCCGGGUUUGUAUCCAUAACAUGGAGUGAAUUCGUCAAUGAUUUAUUACCAACGGGUCAGAUCCAUAAAAUCAUUGUUUUUCCUGAAAAGGAUGUAGCUUUCAUAUACACCUAUGCAGGGUCCAAGACAGCGUCAGGGGAGCCGAUGGCAUCUAUCUAUCGUUUGGGUAUUCCGAGCCUUUCUCGAUUUGAAGCAGAGGUCCGUGCCGCUGAAAGUGCGCUAAGAUUACCUCCAGAGCAUUGGACACCGAUUCAAUAUCGACGAAUGGAAGCAGUAAGCCAGUGGUUGACGCUCAUCCUGAUCAGUGGCCUUGCAAUUGGAGUCUACAUAUUGUUCAGAAAGUUCAAAGGAUCGUUCAAUCUUUCGGACAUGAUGUCAAACAUAACGAAGGGCAAGUACACCGUCAUCGAUCCACAUAGUCCAGAAGGAAAGAAACAGCUGAAGAUAAAGUUCAAGGAUGUUGCCGGAUGUUAUGAAGCCAAACAGGAGAUAAGCGAAUUCGUCGAUUAUCUCAAAAACCCCAACAAAUACACCAAGUUGGGUGCUAAGUUGCCUCGUGGUGCGUUGCUGACUGGUCCUCCGGGAUGUGGAAAGACACUUAUAGCAAAAGCACUUGCCGCUGAAUCAACCGCGCCAUUCAUUUCCAUGAAUGGAUCGGAAUUUGUUGAAGUAAUCGGAGGCCUUGGUGCUUCACGUAUUCGUGGCCUGUUUAAAGAAGCACGUUCGAGGGCACCAUGUAUCAUUUACAUUGAUGAGAUUGACGCUAUCGGAAAGAAGAGAAGGGAGUCAAAAGGAGGGGAAUUCGGAGGCGCUUUAGGCGGUUCCAAUGAAGAAGAGCAGACACUUAAUCAAUUACUAGUCGAGAUGGAUGGUAUGGGUAGUGGACAGGGUAUCGUGGUAUUAGCUAGUACAAACCGUCCAGAUAUUCUUGACAAAAUUGCUCAGGCUUUAUUACGUCCUGGUCGAUUCGACCGUCAUAUCAACAUCGAUCUGCCAACUGUAAUUGAACGCAAAGAAAUGUUUGAUCUUUAUCUUAAAAGAAUAAAGCUCGAUCAUCCGUAUAACAAAUAUUCUCAUCGUCUUUCUCAGAUGACGCCAGGUUUCACAGGUGCUGAUAUAUCAAAUGUUGUCAAUGAAGCUGCUAUUCGAGCUGCAUCAACUGGAAAGCAUGUUGUCACCGUGAAUGAACUGGAAUACGCAUUGGAUCGCGUUUUAGCAGGGGCCGAAAAGCGUUCUCGUUCUCUCAUUGAGGAAGAACGCGAAGUAGUUGCCUAUCACGAGGCUGGUCAUGCUCUUGUCACUAUAAUUCCACGCACAUCUGCUGCUCUUGGCUUCGCACAGUAUAGUCCCAAAGAAAAGAAAUUGUAUACAAAGGAGGAGCUGUUCGAUAGAAUGUGCAUGAUGCUCGGUGGUCGAGCUGCAGAGAACAUUAAGUUCGGUCGAAUAACUACAGGAGCCGAGGAUGAUCUCAAGAAAGUAACGAAGUCGGCGUAUGCACAAGUAAAGGUGUAUGGUAUGAAUAACGUUGUUGGCACUUUAUCUUUUCCACCUGACGAUGAUUUCCAAAUCAAACCGUUUAGUAAGAAGUUUGGGCAUAUUAUGGAUCAGGAAGCUUCGAGUUUGGUUGGGGAGGCCUACCGUAAGACAGAGACCCUUUUGCGAAGAAAUGCCGAUAAGCUAGAGAAGAUUGCGCAGGAAUUGCUAAAACGAGAAGUUCUUAAUUACGAUGAUGUCAAGAAUCUCAUUGGGACACCGCCAUACGGGGAGAAGCACGUUGUCGAACUGGUAGACAAUGUCUUGCCGAAAGAGGGAACGUAG